CACACGCGACGGCCCGGCCUCGGAGGCGGCACUGCAGCUGCUGUGUCGCGCCGACGGGGGUCCGCUGUGCGCCGCCUGCCGAAUGGCGGCGGGGCCUGAGCCGCCGGAGUGGGAGCCCCGCUGGAGGAAGGUGCUGCGCGGCAAGGAGAAUAAGGGCUCUGUGGAGAUCAUGAGGAAAGAUCUGAAUGAUGCUCGGGACCUGCAUGGCCAGGCUGAGUCUGCUGCUGCUGUGUGGAAGGGACACGUGAUGGACCGCAGGAAGAAGGCCUUGACCGACUACAGGAAGCUUCGGGCUUUCUUUGUGGAGGAGGAGGAGCGCUUCCUGCAGGAGGCAGAAAAAGAGGAGGGGUCCCCCGAGGAUGAGGAUGCUGACCCUGCAGAGAGGUUCAGGUCCCUCCUGCAGGCCCUGUCGGAGCUGGAGCGGAGGCACCGCAACCUGGGCCUCAGCAUGCUGCUCCAGUGAUGCCAGGUAGAGGAAACUGGUUCGACCCUGGCCCAGCCUCCAGCAGCUCCUCCAUGCGCCUCCUUUGGGACCCUGGAGGGUCUUCACCUAGGCGAAGACUGGGCUUCAUACCGUAGGUGAAACCUUGGGUUGUCCCCUGAGCAGUGUUGGUGUCUUUUUUUCCUCGGGUGUUUGUGUUUUUGGGCUAUAAAAGCCAGCCUCACUGGAGACCUGAAGCAGUGGGAGGCAUCAGUAACCCAAGUGUGUCCUGUCCUGUCUCUUCAUAAAGAUGUUAUUGCUGCCA